AUGGCGUCGGCCAGCGACGACCCGAUCGCGUUCUGGCUGAAGCUGGGUGCGCUCGACAAGCUGGAGCAGGCGCUGCUCGACGGCUACGGGGACCAGCUGCGAGGGCGCUCCUCGCGCAUCCCGCAGGUGGCCCGCUUCCUCAAGCAGGUGCCCGCCGUGCAGGCGCAGAUGGAGGACAUGCACGAGGGCGCCAUGCAGGGCCGCUUGGAGGAGGUGCGCAGCUUAGCCGAAGAACGUCGCCAGUUGGCCUACUGCCGCGACCAGCAGGGCGCUAGUCCGCUGCACAAGGCCGUGCUCUUCCACCAGCGCCCCUUGGUCGCCUACUUCGUGCAGCAUUUCCCCGCAGUCAUGCACUCCAGGGACCACCAAGGGAGGACGCCCCUUCACUACGCGGCCGUUCUGCAAGACAAGGGAGAGAUCUACCGUAUGCUCAAGACGGCGGGAUCUGACGAGAACGCCACCGAUGUGUAUGGUCAUACACCGGACUUCUAUCUCGACGCACCGGGCGAGCUGACGCUGGAGCAGCUCAAAGAAGGCAACUUGUCGAGUCGUUCUAAGAAGGCCAAAAAUCGAAGAAGGAAGUCGGGAGACAACAGCACUGCCAGCGUUCGUGGAUACUCCGCGAAGCCGGCGGGCCUGAAAGUACAGAUCCGCGAAAUCAUCGGCCAAGGAAAUUUAGAGGCCCUCGAAGAGCUCGUCUUACACGGACAUGGUGACCGGCUGCUGGGCGAGACGAGCCCCAAUCCGGUCGUGCAGGAGUUUCUGGACAUCGUGCCCGGAUAUAUAGAGCAGAUCAGCGACGUGCAUCGCGCCGUGGUUCGGGGCCGGCUGCGCGAGGUGCAGACGCUAAUGAGCCACCGUUCGCUGUCGCUGGCCCGGGACUCAAUGGGCGCCACGCCCAUCCACAAGGCCGUCAUGCACGGACACAUGGACGUCGCCCAGCAUCUGGCCGAGAACUUCCGCGAUUCACUCAGUGCCAAGGACAUUGAGGGCCGGACGCCGCUUCACUACGCAGCCGCUCUCAGAGACGGCCGCAAGAUGUACAACAUGCUCAUUGCAGCCGGUUCCCCGACGACAAUCGUAGAUAGCAAAGGCAAGACGGCCGACUACUACCUGCAGUAUCCCGAGAAACUGGGACUCGAACAAAUCAUCAAACGCAAUCAACUGGCCAACGCGACCCACCUCGGAAACACCGUCAGCAGGCUCAAAGCCCUCGCGCCCCCUUCUAUACAGAGUGAGCAUGUUCUCAAAACCAUUGUUAACAUGCACGAGAGGUACCAUCAGUCCAACGGCGCUAUGAACGGCAACCACGAAGCUCACGUAAAUGGUGAGGAUGAGAACCAGUCAGAAGGCUCCCAAGACACGGCCGAGGACAAAGCUGCCCAUCUCGCCAGCCAACCAGAAUCGCUAAAGAAAGUCAUGAUGCGGACGAAACCCAUAUUACCUCCGGUCAUUUUGCCACGCCUGGAAGUGAACUCGGCCAACAUCCGCAGGUGGAUAGAUGAGCAGGACAUUCAGAAGCUCGAGGGUGCCGUCUUCGAAGGCUACGGCGAGAGGCUCGCACAAGAACCCUCGGUUCUGCACGAGCAGGUAGAGCAGUAUCUGAGGAAGGACGUUCCUCGUUUGCUGGAGCGCAUCCAGGCCAUCCACCGGGCGGUGUCGGAGGAUGACGUCCGCGCCCUCGAGACACAGCUGCAGAGUCCAGACUACGCGUUGGCCAGGGACCACCUGGGCAUGACGCCACUGCACCGCGCCGUCGUGCUCGGAAGGCACGAUGUGGUGCGGCUACUCGUCGACCGCUUUCCGGAAACCAUCAAUGCCAGGGACAGGGAAGGACGUACGGCUUUGCAUUACGCGGCGGCCGCUUCCCGCAGAAGUGGUCGGGCGGACAUGUACAGGCUGCUGCUGCAGAAUGGCUCAGAUCCAAGAAUCAGGGACAAUAGGGGCAAGUCGUCGGAAUACUACAAGACACACCAUCUGCAACUGGCACCCGAGGUGGCCCAGAUGAGCACCAGUGCCAGAGCCAAAGCCAGGAGUCGCUCGGAGCCCCCGGGGUCCAGACCAAGGAGAAACUCCCAUGCAUCCACGGCGCUGAACGAAAAGCUGACGGCGGCGUUGCAGAAAGGUGAUCCCGCUGAGAUUCGCGAGCUCAUACUCGAAGGACAUGGAAGGCACCUGCUGGGCCGCACCAGCUGGAAUGAAGAGGUGCGCCAUCUGCUCAAAGGUCUGCCCAACUUCCUGCACCAAGUGAGCGCUGCCCACGAAGCCAUCAUCAGCGGCGACCAGGCGAAGCUCGAGGAACUGGCCGCCUCGGACGCUCAGCUGCUGCGGGCGAGAAGCGACCUGGGUUGCCAUCCGAUACACGCGGCCAUCGAGGCCCGAAACCUCGAGGCGGCAAAGCUCAUACUGGAUGCCUUCCCAGCUGCCAUAAACCUCAAGGCACCGCACGGCCGAAACCCAUUGCAUUUAGCGGCACUUCGAAGGGAUGACGAUAUGUACAAGUUUCUCGUGGAUAGUGGAGCAGACCCGAAGGCAUUGGAUCAGAAAGGGAAGACUGCAGAGUACUACCUAAAGCGGUCGUCCUCAGUCCGGGACACGAAGCCGGCCAUCAUAGAUACGGCCGCGCGUAGCACCGAGCUCGAAACCAUAACGGUGCCCGCCGAUAAAGGCGCGCUUGGGGCUGCCGGAGACGGCGUCGUAAGCCAUGGCGACAAAAGCGCCGAAGGGACGGCGGGCGUCGCGAACGCAGCGGCAGAACGCGGCGACGAGGCGACUGAGGCGACCGGCGAUAACGAAUCUGGCCAGAGUGGCUCGAGUGAUGGUGGAGGUAAGGACCACGAUAGCCCAGCGUUGGCUUCCGCAGGGAGCGAUGUCGCCGCGGCCAAAGACGUGUCUGGUGCGACGCUCGAAGCCGUUAACGAUGGCCGAGCGCCGAUCUCUGAGGCCGCCGGAGCCGUUUCGAAGGAAGGUCGUAGUGACCAGGAAGACACGCAGGGAGCAUGCGCUGUUGAUGCCUCCUCCACCUCCUUCUCCUCUUCCUCCUCUGAUUCCCCACCCACUGUCACUGCCGUUUCUUCUGACGAUGGUGGGGCUCGUCGAGAGACGCAUCCUGGUCUGGGCAAAGAAGGCCAGGGCUCCUCUGAUGAUGCUAGAACUGAUGUAACUGAAAUUGUUGGUGCAGGUGUCGAAAGUGGGGGCGAAAAUGGCGAGGAUGCAGAGAAUCUAGAAUCGAGGGAACAGUGUAGUACUGGCAUGACGGAUGAAAGUAUGGUGCCUUCCUCGGAAAAUGCGGUAAGCGAAACAAAAGCUAAUGACGCAGAGGUGAAUGAUAACGAUGCACGUAAAGGGCAGCAUGGUGAUGAAGACUUACGUCGAGCAGGACAAUUUAAGGAGAUCGAUAAGAGUGAGCUCUCUCAGGGAACGUGCAACAAAAGCAACACGGAAAAUAAAAGUAAUGGAGGUAGUCAGACAAGCAAGAGCCUUUCAAAGGUAACUGAUGAAUCUGAAUCGUUUAAGAAAGGUGAAUGCUUAAACAAACUUCAAGGAGCCGUAGAAGAUGUGGCACUAUCUCACGCCAUCAAAAACGUGGACCUUGCUCAAGAUUCGAAAAGAGGAGUUGAACACGGCCUCGAGAGUGCUGAAGUUGUCCUUCCAGACAAGAAGGAUGGCGCGCAUGCAGCCGCCAAUAACGCUGGCAUUUCACAUGAUCCCGAAAACAACGCGAAUGGCUGUGAUGAUCUAAAUGCAGAAAACUUAAUGAAGGAAUCACCAACUAGGAGAAGCAGUUCUGGAGGAAAGUGUCACAAUUCCGCGGGUGGUGAGAAACCGAAAACUGAUACUCGCACGCAAUCCGAUGGAGACAAGAAUCAAGCAAGUGAGAUCAUACGCGAUCAGCGUGCCAGCGACCCGAAUGGCGAGAAAGAUGACUUUUUGUCCGAACACUUGAGUCCCGACGGUGCUUUCAGUCCCGUUGAAACGGGUGCCUUACAAAGUAUGCCGGAAGCUACUCGCGAAACGAAUAUUUCGCAAAAUGCUGGUGUUAGUGAACAUAGUCCGAAAACACGAGCGGAAAUAGAAAAGAGUGAACAUGCUGACCAAGUAACUGACGCUGAAGUUACAACCAGGUCAAACGACACAACGCCUGUCCAUGACCCAAGCGGUGACGACGUCAUCGUUCAUUGCAAAUCUAUAAAAGAGAGGCCCAAGGCAUUUGCUUCCAGUGAAGCGGGGACAGGAGACAUCGAGGACAGAGCAGUGAAAGUCGAUGGUGUGGACUUUAAGAAUCCUAAAGACAGUAAUGGGAGUGAGGACAGAAUACCUUUGGAAGCUGUGAAGCUAAGUGGGCAACCAGUCAAGGAAUCUACCGACAAGCCGCCGUCCAAAUUUCGCAAUGACCAUUUUUUGUUUUCUUUUUGCUAUUGCAAAAUCACCUGAAGCCGUACCGUUUCAGAUCGACUGAAUGAGCUCAUCGACGUUUGGAUCAAGGAAGGCGACUUACUUCGUCUCGAACAUGUGGUCAUCGCCGGCCAGGGGGAGCGGCUACUCAACAAGAGUUCCGACGAUAAGCAGGUCCAGGAGUUUCUGGGACUCGUACCUGCCUACAUGGAUCGCAUCCGCACAGUGCAUGAGGCGGUGGUGAGCGGCAACAUAGCUCAGGUUCGCCAGGUGCUGACACGCAAGCGCUUCGCACUCAGCCGUGACCACCUGGGUGCUAGUCCGCUACACCUGGCCGUCCUGCAUGGACACACGGACGUGCUCAACUACAUCGUCGAGCGUUUCCCUGAGACGCUAGAUGGGCCAGACAACGAAGGACGAACGCCACUGCAUUACGCGGCGGUCGUUCUGGAGGCCCAAAACUACUUCGACAUUCUGAAAAAAGCUGGUGCCGACGAGGCUAUUAAGGACAAGAUGGGGCAUACUCCGGAGUACUACCUCAAGAAUCCGAAAGAACUGAGCAUCAGAGACCUGCUGGCAAACUACCAUACCCCGAGCGAAGACGACAAGUCGGCCAAAGCGGACGUGUGGCAGAGGCCGUCCACGCCUCCCGCCGCCGAGGAUGGACAUGAAGCAUCUACUGCCCUUCCAGAAGAGCCUACGGCGCCUGUUGCUCCCGCGGUGAAUGGAGGAGCCACACAGCAUACGGUUGUGCCCAACGGGAAAGCGCAACAGCGAGAAGCCGCACCUGUGUUGGCAACGUCCGAGACAUCAAAAACAACAAACUCGGUACCACCGGUAGUAGAUGCAUCUAGGGUUGCGCCCGCACCUCCCCCAGCACCACAGCGAAUGAAUUUCCCAUCGGUGCCGUCCGACGGAGUACGACAGCCUGUCGAAGAACCUUUACAAACGGCGAUACGGCUUCCAUUGGGAGAACAAGCUACGAGUCGCGCACCGGCAGCAACAGGCCAGCCUGUGGCAAUGCUUCCAUCUGGCAAGUAUGGACAGAAUGGCGGCACCGACAUGGUUCAGUUGGCCCAGUCGUUGCUGUUGACGGGGAGGACACCCGAAGAGGCCCAGUACCUGCGUUCCAGCGUCGGUGAUGCUCUCGUCGGGGCUCUCGCAGCCGUCGACAAGCAGAGGCCUCCUGACCCCGUGACCUUCGUCGCCUCUUGGCUCAAGCAGAGCCAAACGGCCCAAAAACCGUCGAGCGCCAGGGCAUCGAACACCACUAUGCCAGCGGCGAACUCAAAAAGCCGAGACAGCGAAGUUGUGUCCAGAACGAACACACUUUCUUCUUCAACGACAAGCGACGACAGCCUGAAGAGGGCAGGCUUCACAAACCCGUUCUCCGAGGAAGCUGCCAUUGAGGAAGCGCAGCACUACAUGGACGACUACACAAGGCUCAAGGAUGAAGAUGGUCAGACGGUGCUGCAUUUCGCCGCCUCGCACGCUCACAGCGAGGGUUGCUUCUACGCGCUGGUGCGCCAGGGACAGGCGCUACUGGCUGAAAGAGACUGCCGCUACCGAACAGCAAGGGACGUGGCGCGUGAAGCCCAGCAGAGUGACAACGUGCUCGCGCUCGACGCCUUCGUUCUGGACGCCUUCCUAGAGCGUCGAGCGGGGCUCCUGCGCGCACUGGCUCACCGGGGAUACGAGCCGCUGCUGCACGCCACCGACCGUCACGGGCGACACCUGACGGCCGUGUUGGCCCAGUUCCAGAUGACCGAUAUGCAGGCGCUCGUGCACGACAUGGACGCGUUCUUCAAAGCUCGCGAGGAGCUCCAUGCAUUCGUACGAAACGGAUACCUGGAAGGUGUGCAACAGCUGGUGAAGCGUGACGUCAGCCUGGUGACUGCCAAGGGCACCAGAGGACGCUGCGCUCUGCACGUUGCCGUGCUCGCCGAGAACCCAGACGUGGUGCGACACCUGGUCAAGGCGUGCCCAGAUGCGCUUCACGUCGCCGAUAACAUGGGAAGGACACCUCUGCAUUACGCCAUGGCAAUGCCCCACGUGACCACCCUCGGCCAGAUCUUGGUGCAGGGAGGGGCCUCGCGCACUACCAGGGAUGUCAAAAUGCGAACACCCAGCUACUUCUUCAUAUACAAGCAGGAAAUACUGAAGCUCAAAGAAGAGGAGACUCCCGACUAG